UCUUUCCUUUUUCUCAUUUUAGUUCUCCUUAUCCCUUACACAAUGACAUCCAAUGAGUACACUUAUUACUCAGUACAUGACGUUCUCCGUAGCUAUGGUCUUCCAGCGGGACUGUUUCCAAACAAUGUCAAAUCCUAUACCUUGGAUGAAACUGGCUUUUUAGAGGUCCAAAUGCAUCACCCUUGUCUCGCUCAAUAUGAAACAAGAGUGUUUUUCAACAGUGUGGUAAGAACUAACUUGAGUUUUGGACAACUGAAAGUAUUUGAAGGCAUGUAUCAAGAAGAGCUUUUCAUUUGGCUACCAGUUAAGGGCAUCAUAGUUACAGAUCCAUCAUCAGGUCUCAUUAUCAUUGAUAUUGGUCUUGCCUAUAAACACCUCUCUUUGUCUGAUUUUGAUAACCCUCCAUCUUGCAUAUAUCAAGGUAUACUUCAAAUUAGUGGAAGGAAGGAGCUUGCCGAAUACAGAGAAGAGAAGUUUGUCUAUGAAAAUGAAUGGAUAUUUCUUUGUGACACCCCCACCUUUCACAACGAGAGUUCGGCUACCCAGCAGAUCCGGUCCCAGCACAAUCGCUCCGGACGAGGAGUUCCCGCCACCUCAAAUCUCCACCCGAACCGUCUGGCAACCAACAAACCAAACAUUGGUUCCGUCUGUGGGGACGCCUAA